AUGAGUGGUCCAAAACUUUACCUUACCAUACUUGGUUAUGAGAUCGGUGAAGUCAUUGGGAGAAGGACCUACUCUGUAGUGAGGAGAGCCUUCUCCCAAAAGCUUCAAAGAUCCAUUGCCAUAAAAAUCAUUGAUAAGUCCAAGCAGGUAGAUGACUACUUGACAAAGUUUUUGCCGAAAGAGGUUUCCAUUUUAGCUCAGUGUUCACAUCCAAAUAUAAUAAAAGUAUAUCAAAUUAUCGAAUCUUGUGAACAUACAUUAUUUAUAAUGGAGGAAGCACAAAUGGAUCUCUUUGACUUGAUUGACUCUCGAGGCCAUUUAUCUGAAGAUGUGACCCAGUGUUACUUUAGGCAGAUUGCUCAGGCAUUGGAGUAUUUCCAUGCCCAUCAUAUUGCACAUCGGGAUAUCAAGUGCGAGAACAUUUUACUUUCUGCUGAUGAUGUCCCAAAGAUCACUGACUUUGGCUUUGCAACCUGCAUGAAGGGGUUAGAAAGCUGCUCUUGUACAACCUUUUGUGGAUCAGCAGCCUAUGCUGCUCCUGAGGUUCUCAAUGGUGGCAAGUAUGACCCUUUCAAGGCAGAUGUCUGGAGCUUGGGUGUUGUCCUUUACCUUAUGGUGACCGGAUGCAGACCCUUUGCUGAUGGUGAGCUUUCAAAGCUCAGGGAGUUACAGAGUCAGCCAUUGCAAUUUCCUCCAUCACCUUCUCUUAGUGACUGCUGUCAGAGUCUUAUCAACACCAUCCUGAACAACAACCCAAAGGAAAGACCUGAUGUUAGUCGGAUCAUAAAGCAUCAACGGUUUAAAGAAUAG